CUCUUCCAACUAAGAACGGGACAUAUAGGACUUCUGGCCUACCUGGCGCGAAUGGGACCCAGUGCAUCACCCAACUGUAGCCUAUGCGAGGUCCCAGAAACAGUUGAGCAUUUCCUCUUUGAAUGCCGUCGAUAUUGCUGCGAGCGCAGAGCACUGCGA